AUGAGAGUAGAUUAAGUAAGAUUGUAUUCAGCAAAAAGUUAAAGAAAUCAGACUAAAAAGGUAAAAAGAGAAUUACAAUAGAGGAGAAAGGUUGUAAAAAUUGGAUAAGAUCAUUGA